CGGAGGGUACACACGUUGCCAUCAACUUUUGGACGUUGUAGUUGUAGGCAGCUAUUUCAGGGUCGGCGUUGCAUGUAGACACCUUGGUAUCUCUCCGGUUUCUCAUUGUGUCUUUAUGCAAGCGUCGUCUCCCUCUAUCUCACAUCCAUUACCAAACUGCCUCCACCUCCGUUGUCGGGCUCAGCAACGACUGAGUGAGGCCCCGUCACAGCUGCACCAAGAAUGGCCCAGGAAGCAGCCACGCGCGCCAACGGCAAUGGCCGGGUACGAUACGGUCAGUAGCGCACCUGUUCUUGAUCUUUCCAGCGACCGCGUUGCCGGUCUUUCGCCGGCGACUCACCGAUGGCAAAGGGCAUCUGUGAGAACGAGAAUGGUGGCUGAAUACCUGCAAGAAAGAACGCAUUCCCAGCCGGAGAACCCAUUCGCGGCUCUCAUCCCCGACCAGCAAAUAGCCAUCAUACCCGAGUUUACUCUUGAGUCGGGCAUUACGCUUUACAAUGUCCCCGUGGCAUACACGACGCGGGGCAAACUGACCGCCAACGCCGACAAUGCCAUGGCCAUCUGUCAUGCGCUCACCGGCAGCGCCGACGUGAGCGACUGGUGGGGGCCGCUGCUUGGAGGCCCCGGACGCGUCUUCGACACGUCUAGGUUCUUCAUCGUGUGCAUGAACAGCUUGGGCAGUCCGUAUGGUACGGCGAGCCCCGUCACGGCCAAGGACGGCGACCGUGCCAAGGGACGCUAUGGGCCAGAGUUUCCCUUGACCACCAUCCGGGACGAUGUUAACUUGCACAAAUUGCUCCUGGACGAUCUCGGCGUCAAGCAGGUCGCGGCCGUCAUCGGCGGCUCCCUGGGCGGCAUGUUUGUGCUGGAGUGGGCGUACUUUGGCAAGGAUUACAUCCGGUGCAUCGUGCCCAUAGCCACGUCAAGCCGUCACAGCGCCUGGGGCAUCAGCUGGGGCGAAGCGCAAAGGCAGAGCAUCUACGCGGACCCCAAGUACGACGACGGGUACUACCCCUUUGACGACCCGCCGUCGACGGGCCUAGGCGCUGCGCGCAUGUCGGCACUCUUGACGUAUCGCAGCCGCAACUCGUUCGAGGCUCGCUUCGGACGCAACAUCCCCGACCCUUCCAAGGUGCAGACCAUCCGCGAGCGGCCGCGGCCCAGCACGCCGUCCGAGGCGCACUUUCACAUCCACAACGACGGCCACAACGUCAAGCGAACGGCACUUUCGCGUACCAGCAGCGGGGCCAGCGGUCCCCCGGAGACCCCGGUGGCGCAGGGAUCUAGAGGUGCCGCGGCGACGGCGGCGGCGGCACAGAGUGCAACGCCUGCGGAGUCGCCUGAUCCUCAGUUCCACGGUCCACAAAAGGGCAGUCUCACGGGCGGCGAGAAGCUGCCGACGUCGACGUACUUUUCGGCGCAGUCCUACCUGCGAUACCAAGGGACCAAAUUUGUCAAGCGCUUUGACGGCAACUGCUACAUCGCCAUGACGCGAAAGCUGGACACACACGACGUGUCGCGGAACAGGGCGGCUACCAUCGCCGAGGCGCUGGCGCUGAUUGAGCAGCCGACGCUGGUGCUGGGCAUCGAGAGCGACGGCCUCUUUACCUUUGCCGAGCAGGAGGAAAUCGCGCAGCAUGUCAAGGACGCGCGGCUGGAGCGCAUCGACAGCCCUGAAGGCCAUGAUGCGUUCCUGUUGCAGUUUGAGCAGGUCAACAGCUACAUUCUGGCGUUCCUCAAAGAGGUUCUGCCAGACAUUAUGAGCCAGGAGGGCAGCGCGCCCGAGGAGACGGGCGUCGGGCAGCUGACCAAGUCGAGCACGUUCGGUGAGGCUGAGGUCGAGGACAUUACUGCGUGGUGAACACCUUUGGUCUAGAUAAAAACGAUGGGCUAAGAGCAAGCAAGAACAAAAUAGUAGUACAGACGCACCAGAACCCUGAGCUGUAUUACAUGCCAUCCUGAUUUGGCUACGUGAAACUACUUAGAACAGCACUGUUAAAGGCAAGGCGGCUA